AUGGCUCCAUUUGCGUUACUCGCCCGGAAUGCAGCGUGGCAAUCUCGCGUCACCUUUCGAUUGUAUAGCGACGUGUCCACCAAAAAGCCACCAACAGCUGUACUUUUGACGAAUAUGGGUGGCCCUGAGACACUCGACGAUGUUCAAAGCUUUCUUCAUAACCUGUUUUCAGACCGCGAUAUCAUGAAGUUGCCGUUCCAAAAGCACAUGGCCACAUUUAUUUCUACGAGACGAACACCUAGCAUUAAAGAACAGUAUGCUCAAAUUGGUGGUGGAUCGCCUAUUUUGUCGUGGACACGAAAGCAAGGCGAAGCCAUGGAAAAGUUGUUGGAUAAAAUCUCUCCGGAAACAGCACCUCACAAGCAUUAUAUUGCAUUCCGAUACGUUGAACCAUACACCGAUACUGCAUUACAACAAAUGAAGGAGGAUGGCGUGAAGCGUGCGGUCGUAUUUACACAGUAUCCACAAUACUCUUGCUCCACGACGGGAAGCAGUUUGAAUGAACUUCAUCGAGGUAUUAUGCGGAAUGGCCUGGAGGAACUUGAUUGGAGUAUUAUUGACCGAUGGCCCAAGCAUCCUGGUUUCAUCGAGGCGGUAGCAGGUCGUAUUGAGGCCAAGCUGAAAGAAUAUCCCGCUGAAGAACGAGAUGAUGCGAUUAUUCUGUUCUCUGCCCAUUCGCUGCCCAUGGCCGUCGUGAACCGAGGCGACCCUUAUCCGGGUGAAGUCGCGUAUACAGUACAUCAAGUCAUGGAGCGGUUAGGACACAAGAAUCCUUUCCGACUGGUUUGGCAAUCGCAAGUAGGCCCCCAACCUUGGUUGGGUCCUCAAACGUCGGAUGCCAUCAAGGGCUAUGCUGAGGCUGGAAAGAAGAACCUGUUGCUAGUUCCUAUUGCAUUUACAUCUGAUCAUAUUGAGACUUUAUUUGAGCUGGAUCUUGAGUAUGGCAAGGAGGCAGAAGAGGCCGGUGUAUCCGGUUUCAAGCGAGCUGAAUCACUUAAUGAUGAUCCAACAUUCGUCAAGGCCAUGGCUGAUAUCGUAAAGGAACAUUUGGACAGUGGCAAGAUGGUUUCCAAGGAAUGGUAUCUUCGCUGCCCGAGCUGUACCUUUGAUAGCUGUGGAACAACCAGAGAUUUCUUUGCUUCAAAAGAAGCUUCAAACAAAAGUAAUACCUAA